AUGGAGACGCCACAGCCCCGUCAGCCGGAAGAGCUGCGCCGAAAGAUCUCGACAAGCUCGCUUCUUAGGAUCCCAACCACCGAUGAAGAAGCGCCCAUCUCAGUGCAUUUCACCUCCGACGAUAGCUCGAAGCCCUGCAUUACAACUCCUCCGCCUCGUGGUCGCGAAGGAUCCCACUCGCCAACUCCAUCUAACGCCCCGCCUUCUCCCCGAGACGAGCUUCCAAAGGAUUUCGUUGCUCUUGAUGGCCUCUUGAACUAUCACCUCAGCCAGCUGGAUCGUAUAAAGAAUGAAAUCAAAGAGCACAACACCACCCUUGACCAGCUGAGCUAUACGCUAGCCAACAUGUCUACGCGUCCAGAGGUUCAAUGUGCUGCUAUGUACAUGAACUGGCGUCUUCAGGGGGUUAGAAACGCAAGAAACCUCCUGGCAAAGUUUGUUGCCUUUCACCUGCAGGAGAUUGACCGUAUCUCUGCUUUAAAGCUAGAGAUGGGUGGGAAUGAUGUUCUUGAGAUGCGCGUAGACUACUAUAAUGCAAUGGCUCUAAUCACAACUCGUGCAUAUCUAACUGACUCCUCUAUAGCUGCCGAAACCUCCCUUCCUCACGUGAAUGGAAUGAUAUGUUCUCUUAUUAAACUAAUACUCACCGGGCGUCACCACAUUGUAUUCCCUUUGUGUCUAAAAAUGGUACUUGAUGCAGAAGACAAGGAAUAA